UGGGAACGGCAACUUUGCACAACGCCUAGGUACUUAUUUGGAGCUACAUCAGGUAGAAAAAGCAAAAUCCAACUCAACUUCUGCCAGCAUUGAAUCUGUCCACCUAGAGCCCUUGGGUGAAGUUGCCAUUCAAUCGUUCAUUUACGCUUACCGCAAUCGUCAUAUUGCCCCUCGUGCCCCCUUCCGGAAGACAAUCGGUGUGCCGAGAGUGAAUUAAUUGAUCCUCAACCAUCAAACGCCCCGCGGUGACACUUUCACCAAAGUCAGCCCUACUUGAACCUACUUUACUCAGCACCGUUCAAAGUCCGGACGGAAAUGAUGUAUCGCGAAGCAGCGCACGCUGGUAGCUGGUAUACUCAGUCGGGAGCCGAACUGAACCGCCAACUUAGUAAAUGGUUAGAUGACGCUGAUCUAACAUACGGUCCCGCCCGUGCCAUCAUCGCUCCGCACGCCGGCUACCGUUAUUGCGGUGCUUGCGGUGCGUGGGCAUACCGACAGAUCAGUCCUGCCGUAGUCAAGCGAGUGUUCAUUCUCGGACCGUCGCACCAUGUGCGCCUCUCCAGCUGCGCCCUUUCUGCCGCCCAGUAUUGCCGUACCCCACUGUACGAUCUGAAGGUCGAUCAAAGCAUUAACGCCGAGCUCGAAGCGACCGGUCACUUUAAAUGGAUGGAUCAAAAGACGGACGAAGAUGAGCACAGCAUCGAAAUGCACCUUCCUUACGUGGCCAAAGUAAUGGAAAAUUUCAGGGAUCAGUUCACCAUCGUGCCCGUGAUGGUGGGCUCUAUCAGCAAUGAAUGGGAGGAAACGUACGGUAAAAUCUUCGCCCCGUACCUGGCCGAUCCGCAGAACCUUUUUGUCAUUUCUUCCGACUUUUGCCACUGGGGUCAACGGUUUCGCUACAGCUACUACCCGGAGGGUUCCGGUCCGAUCUACAAGUGGAUCGAGACGCUCGAUAAGAUGGGGAUGGAUCUGAUCGAAACGCUUAACGCGGACAGCUUUAGUGAGUAUCUACGAAAGUACAACAAUAGCAUAUGCGGUCGCCAUCCGAUCGGUGUGAUGAUGCAGUCCGUGGAAGAACUGAAACGCCGUGGUUACCGCAUGAGCUUCAAAUUCCUGAAGUACGACCAAAGCAAUCAGUGCUGUGAUAAGAAAGACUCCAGCGUUAGCUAUGCCUCCGGGUCGUUGAUUUUUGAGUGAGCGUCCGUUCCUCCAUAACGAAGCGUUGAAGCGCAACCGCAGGUUCGCACCCGCAUAAAUAUAGUAGAAUGUUUUCUUAGCGCUUUUCUUCAUUAUGUGUCCGGCUAGGAGAGGGAAACGAAGGGCUGCAUUCACUUCGUGUUUCAAGAGUUCAAUUUUUAAUGCAUUCGAAGAACAAAGAGGAACAACACACAACUGAUCAACGGUUUGGCGGAAUAUGAAUCAUUUUUUUUAUUCGUACAUUUGUUCGAGCUUAAGACUUAUUUUUAGAUAAACAUAAGAUUCUCUCAUUCUCGUUUGAUUUUGAAUAAAGAUGGUAACA